UAACGCAGUGUGCAGUUGACACAGUAUCGCGAAGCCGGACGCACGGUUAACGACAGAAUGGCGCGUGCGCAGGUUAUUGUAGUGUUAUUAGCGAUCGUGCUGACUGCCGAAGGAGAAGAUGUUGUAUCCACACCGAAACCGAAGAAAGUUCUGGACACAGUGAUGAACCCAGCCUACAUACCAGCAGAAGAAAAACACGGCUCCUUCUGGAGGAAAUCCGCUCAGGAAGUCUUAAACUCCAAAUUGAAGGAGACCUUGAACAAGAAUAAAGCCAAGAAUGGUAUAUUGUUCAUCGGCGAUGGUAUGUCUUUGGCAACGGUUAUGGCAGCGAGAACCUUUGCUGGACAGUCGGAGAGAGAGUUGGGAGAAGAUAAUGUGCUUGACUUUGAGAAGUUCCCCGUCAGUGGGUUAGCUAGGACAUAUUGCAUCGAUGCCCAAGUACCUGACUCCGCCUGUACAGCCACCUCCUACCUGACCGGAGUGAAGACCAAAUAUGGCGUCAUCGGACUCGACGGCAACGUCACCAGAGGAUCCUGCUACUCACAGCUGUAUAAACGAAACUGGUCUCCUUCUAUUGGGAAAUGGGCGCUGGACAAAGGACUGGAUGUUGGUUUUGUGACAACCACACGUGUAACGCACGCGUCACCGGCGGGCAUGUACGCGCACACCUCGGAACGGAAUUGGGAGGCCGACGUCGAUGUACCGGACGAGUGCCUCAGUUUAGGCUGCAAGGAUAUCGCCUACCAACUCGUCACAAGCGACCCGGGAAGGCAAUUUAAGGUGAUAAUGGGAGGUGGUCGACGGGAGUUUACGCCAAAUGUGACAACAGCCUUAACUAACAGCACGGGUAAACGAGCCGAUGGAAUUGACCUCACGGAGCUCUGGCAUGAAGAUAAGAUUGAAAGGAACGCGACACAUCAAUACGUUACCGACAGAAACGAUCUGUUAAAGGUCUUCAACUCAGACGACUUGCCCGAGUACCUCUUGGGAUUGUUCAAGAACGACCAUAUGGAUUAUCACUUGCAGGCAAGCAACCAGCCCACCUUGGAGGAAAUGGUCGAAGUGGCCAUCAAGAUGCUAAGUAGAAGUAGCAAGGGAUACUUCUUAUUUGUGGAAGGAGGUAGAAUAGAUCACGCUCAUCACGAAAGUUACGCCUAUCUUGCCCUCGACGAAACCGUCGAAUACGCCAAAGCAGUCAAAAAGGCCCGAGAACUCACAAAGGUUGAAGACACCCUUAUUGUGGUGACAUCAGACCAUGCACACACUAUGACCGUUGCUGGCUACCCCUCAAGGGGCAAUGAUAUACUCGGGGUAGUUGACACAGCUACGGGGCAAGAUGGAAAACCUUAUACCACUAUAAGUUAUGCUAAUGGUAAAGCAACUUCUAUUGAUGAGGGUGGAAGGAUCGAUGUAACCUUGAGCAGUCAGUUUAUCAAUCGUACCCUAGAGUACUCUUACCCAAGUCUAGUGCCACUGGAUUCCGAGACUCACGGUGGUGAGGACGUCGCAGUGUUCGCCUACGGACCCUGGCAGCACUUGUUCACAUCCAGCUACGAGCAAUCAGUCAUACCGCAUUUCAUGGCCUAUGCUAUGUGCCUUGAUGAUAACCAACAUGAGAACUGCAGAGCCCAAAGAUCACCCGGCGCGGGCGUUAAUUUGAAACCAAAUAAGUAUUAUGUUAUAGUUUUGUUCACUGUGAUAUUUAUUGUUAGAUUUUACUUUUAACAGUUAGUGAAUUGUUGAGGCUUAUAUACUUAAUUAUUUAUAGUUCUUGUUCUGAUUAUCCAUUGGAACAUUCGCACAAGAAAUGCAUUUUGUGUAGGAAAUUUGGCCAUCUCUAUGUACAAAAAUUUACAAUAUUUAAGUCACAAAUUGUGGUCAAGAUUGUGUUAUGCGUGUCAAGGAUUAACUGCUGCACUGAGCUACUAUCGGAACGGAAAAGAGAGUCAAUACAGUCAGUGUAAGAACAAAUCGCAACUGAGUACAAAAUGUUGUGACGAGCAUUUGCCACUCUGAAAAACCAGAAUUUUUACUGCAGCAAUUGUUUUGAAUAGUUUCAUUACGCUUGGAAUUCAUAGCAAUUGAUAUACCUAUAAAAGACCGAAUUAUAUCAACUCUUGACUGCUUAAAAUAAAUUGCAUCUAAAUCUUUGACAGCUAUGCAAACGAAAAUUGACAACAUGUAGGUCACAAAAUACGGUAAAGAGUGUCUGAUUAUAGUGUAAAGAAAUCCUUCAUAUAAGAGCUGUCAACAAUUUUUUAAGUCACAAAUUGUAGUUGAAAUAGUAUUACGAUGAGAAUUUAAUGAAGUGGCUUUGAUAUAUUAAAACAAAGCUUUGUCCUCUAAGAUUAUGGAGAUAAGUGCAAUUAAAGCAUUUAUAAUAUUCAUUUGCUUUACCGCUGAGGUAAUGCGUUGUAAGCAAACCAGCAUACCUGAGAUAUCACUAUAAUAUUUUCAAAGGCGUGUGAAGUCUCCCAAUUUGCACUUCACCAGCGUGGUGAAGUUAUAACCUAAACCCUUUUCAUUCAGAAGGAAACCCAAGCCCUUUAAUGGGCAGACAAUGAAUGAUAAUGGGCUCCGAAAUUUUAACUACACAUGGCAUAUAUUUUGACACAAAAUAUAUGCCUUUUUUGACACAAAAUAUAUGCCUUAUUUUAAUAGCUAUCAUACUUUUAAUUGAUAGAUCUUUGAGGUAAAAUAUCAUAGUAUUUAUACAGUUGACUUUAUGAUGCAAUAACAACUGUAAAUCUAUUUAGGUCACAAAUCGUGGUUAAGAAUGUAUGAUCAGAAUGUUAUAGCGAAUCGGGCUGUGAUCGUAUCGCUGGGUUUGUUUCGAUAUAUUGACCACACUUAGACAAUAAUUAUUUGUAUUCCUAUAAAAGAUUGUCACAAUUUGCUAACGAAAGUUUGCAGUUAAUUCUGAGCAAAGGUACGAUACUGCUUCCGCUUUUGACUUUAAAUAAAGGAACUUUGCACAGAGAAGCCGCGCUGUCGAGCAACUUGCGUCGAAAUUUUCAUGCCAAUUAAUAUUUUACGGGAAACAUAUUCGCACAACUACGUAGUUAGCUUUGGUUUCAGAUUAAUAAUUUCAGUAUCCUACUAGUAUCUAAUAACCACAAGAUUAUAAAAAGGGUGUGUUAAAGGCUGGUGCUCGUAACCUAAUCGGUGUAUGUUUCUAGUGUUUGAAAAUCCUGCGGGAACUUUUCUUUUCCCACAUGUCAUCGUCUCCAGAACGCAAGCAGUGCGUAGUUUUGCUAAGAUCGUUUUAGUCAAAGCACGGCUUUUGCUUAGGUAACGAAGGGUAUUUUUAUAUAAUACAUAAUAUUGUUUAAGUAUGUUUUUUUAUAGUAUUAAUUGACGGACCGAGCAGAUGAUAAGUGGAAUACCAUCGCCUAUAAACACAGCAACACUUCUUGAAAUAAACAUGGCUAUAAUACUUCCCCAGGCAAGCUCUGUGAUAAAAAAAAACUCUACUAUUUACUGUGUGUAUGUUCCAAAUUUUAUCAAAAUUGGUGCAGUAGUUUACAAACCAAACAAACACACACACGCAUUUAGAGCAUAGGAGGCACGGGUAAGGAUUAAAUAGUACCGAGUUCUUCAUACAAAUAUUAUCAGGACCGUAUUUAUUUACGUAGGUGCUCACGAAGAAACUAAUUGAACGUUCAGGACGCUUUCAAGGACGCAGCGCAGCCAACGAUUGCUGCCACUGUAAGCAGGCAAUAACGCUUGUAAGGAAUAACUCAAGCGAAGGCCAAACCGAACCAACCAAUCUACGUCCACUGUGGCCUUUAAUUUUGCGUCAAACGUAAGGCCAAAGUUACAUGCAACCUUGGACGCAAGUUGGACGGGUCGAAUUAACUUGAGCUUUACGUAGGUAAACAAUUUGUGUGGGGUAUAGUUUUUGUUUUGUUUUUAGCACUGCUUUUCUUUCUUAUCAGCACUGUAAACUACUUGUUUCUUUAAUAUUAUUGCUAACAGCGAUAACGCAAGACGCAAAUAUUCUGGCCACUACAGACAGGCUUGGUUUAGCGUAAGCAUUAUAUAUUUUCCACACAAUAUAUAACUAAAUAUAUAAUGUGUGUGGCAAAUUGUUUGUUUGGUUUCUUACUACUGUUUUCGAUUUGGUUUGGUUUGUUUUCGUUUUAAGCGACUACGUCGCCGGUCGUGAAGUCGCACGCCGCUGUGGAAUCAGGUUGGACUUUUUGUUUUGGCGUAUGCUUUGUAGGUAUAAAAUUUGUUUGAAAAGUCGUAUGUUUUUUCUUACUGCUGUUUUUCUUUUCUCUUUUACUUUUUUCACUGGAUUUGGUUUGGUUUUGAGUGACGAUAACACAAAACGCAAAAAACGCCACAGUGGGCGCAAGUUCGACGUUUUGCGUUGGCGUAAGCUUUACGGACUUAUAAAACUUUUGUGGAAUAUAAUUGUAUGUUUUUGUUUCUUCAGACAUCUAACUAACACCGACAGUAACCACAAACUGCAAACUAACUUGACGUUUUAAUUGUGCUUAAAAACUACGUUUACUUACUAUAAUUUAUUUAUAACGUUCCAAUAAAAGUUAUGACUAAAUUAAUUGCUGUAUAGGUCAUGCUCGCGUAAAAUGGUGCCAGGUCUACUUAGAAAUGAAUUAAUUUUGUUUCAUCAGCAAUCGAUUGAACCCUUCUGAAAAUCAAAAAUGAAAAUAAAGUGUAUCAUCAAUCUUGCUAUCUAUCGAUCCAUCUAUCUAUCGAUCCAUCUAUCUAUCGAUCGAUCUACCUAAGUAGUUAUAGAUGAUUAUAGACAAAUUCAUACAUAAACUAUCCCUUUAAUAGAGACAUAAAAGUGACAGGUGGCUAUAAAACCUAUGAGAUUGUGUUUUAAUGCAGACAUAUAAAUGUUUAAGUUUUUUGAACAUAAAUAUUGAUUGCACUAUGAAAAUGUACUUUCAUGAUUUGAAAUACAUUCAUUACAUCUAACAAUCAAAACAUCUAAAAUUAAAUUGUAAAUCAUCUAUGAAUCCCUGAAGGGAACUCAAAUAUAGCUGUUUAACAAAUUAGAUUAAAAUCUUACGUCACUUACAGCUGUCACCUGAAAACAAUUUUCUUACACAACCGCACCUCUUACUACACUUACUCCUUAUGCUAAGAUAUUAUAAAGUGAUUGAUAUUAGCAGCGUUGCAUUUAUCACUAUAGUCGUAAAAAUGUAAUAGGCCCGUUUUGACAUUUGUGCAAGACCAUAGAAUGUAAGUAACUUGGAACGAAACUGAUAG